GUGGGCGGAGUGCAGCAUUCUCUGUGAAAGUGCUUGUGACAAUGUCUGGAAGAGGAAAGGGCGGUGGGAAAGGUCGCGCCAAGGCGAAGUCUCGGUCGUCCCGGGCUGGCCUGCAGUUCCCGGUGGGCCGUGUUCACAGGCUCCUGAGAAAGGGUAACUAUGCUGAGCGUGUGGGUGCCGGAGCGCCGGUCUAUCUGGCUGCGGUGCUGGAGUAUCUGACGGCUGAAAUCCUGGAGCUGGCCGGCAACGCGGCCCGGGACAACAAGAAGACCCGCAUCAUCCCCAGGCACCUGCAGCUGGCCGUGCGCAACGACGAGGAGCUCAACAAGCUGCUGGGAGGGGUGACCAUCGCACAGGGCGGGGUGCUGCCUAAUAUCCAGGCCGUGCUGCUGCCCAAGAAAACAGCUGCUGCGGGAGCCGCUAAAAAGUGAAGCGGACAUUCUUGGAUCUGACUGCCAAAAGGCUCUUUUAAGAG